UUGCAUUUCAUAAAACUCAAAGGAUUAUCAUUAUGCGGUUUUUUCAUUACGUUAUAUUAAGUUCAACUGCUGCUCUAAUCCACUGCUUUCCAAGGGCAGAAGAACCAAUCUUUCCGAGCCCGAAUAUAUUCAACCUUUUCAAGAAUAAGGAAAAUGAAGAACAAAGAGGUACAAAUCCUAUCGAUGGAAUCACUGAUGCUUUCAAACCUUUCGCUAACGCAAUUGGAGAUAAUAAUGGCAGUAUGAGAAAUAGCCCACAAAUAUUUUUUGCUGUUACUCAUGGUGUACUAAUGCCGUCAGAUACUGUUAUGAAUGCCUUUAUAAAUGGUUUCAAGGCAUUGGGCAAUAACCCCAAUUUCAGAGAAGGUAUACAGAAUAUAUGGUCCUCUAUAUCAAAACUCGGAUCCAAACCAAAGGAAGAUUGAACAUGCAUGGAACAUAAUAAUAUUGAUUUUUAUAUUAACUAAUGCUUAUAUGAAUAUAUAUUUGUAGUAGAAAUCAACCUUCAGCAGAAAAAUAACUCUUUCUUUCAAUUUGAGUUUUGAACGUUUAUUGUGUUCAGACAAAUACGAAUUAUGAGCUUCUUCAUAUAGAACA